AUUUGAAAAGAAUUCAUAGUACUAAAAUAAUGAAAUUUAGGAAGUAUUUAAGGGGCCGUGGGAGGGUCUUGGCUUUUGUGUUUAUCGCGUCUGUAAUCUGGCUCCUUUUUGACAUCGCAGCAUUGCGGAUAUCCAUCAUCAAUGAUGGGAAUCAGGAUCUCAAAGAGAGAGAGAAUGACAAUGUAAAGGAUGUGCUCAAACACCCCCUGCAAAAAGUAAACAUAGACAAAAAGGAGUUUUUGAAAAACAGCAACAGGUUUGAAAGGAAAGUUGAUAAGGUUUACAGAAAGAGGCCAAUGGCGAGGCCAGAAAAUCAAGCUGAGUUAAAACAAGACAAACAUUUGAAUCCAAUGUCUAUGGCUGACAAGUCUUUUGUGAAACAAAAUGAGGUAAUUAAUCAAAGUAAAGUGAAUCUAAUUGUGAACUCACUUGUGAAGGGAACAAUUAUUAGCAUCCCUGAAAAAAUAAACAAGACAAAAACUGUUAUUAAUGGCAAAGUGAAGAAUAUAACUACAAAGAUAAACAAAAUAAAAGCUGCUUUUAAUGGACAGACAGAUGCAAAUCUAGACGGCAAAGCAUAUUUGCUUACUAAAGUACUGCCUGCUGUCCAGGAGAAAGCACAUUCUCCUGUGCUCAGUGUGAAGAAAGUACAUCAUAUUAAUGACACAGUAUUGAUGCCACAUAAUGAAGUACAUGUAGAUGCGGGUUUACGAAAGAACUUGAGUAAUGAAUUGCUGAAACCAGCAGAGGGUGAUAAACCGAAGAACAUUAUUGAAAAUUCAGAGAAACAUGGCAGUACUUUCAACAAAACGAAACCAGAUAUUAUUCAAAAACCAAGUGAACUUAAGGCUCAGGACCCAGCAGAGGAGGCAUUACGAGUACCGCAGCCUACAAGUGUGUGGGUGAAGAGGUCAGGAGGGCAUCAUAAGGUUAUGGCCCUAGAUGUGACAGACAGGCCCAGAGAUCCCAGAGCUGUGGGACAGUUUGGCCAGCCUGCAAGAGUUCCCAGAGAUAAAGAACUGGAGAGUCGAAGACGCUGGAGUGAAGGAUUUUUUAAUGUAUUCCUGAGUGAACAGAUACCAAUAGACAGAGCCAUCCCAGACACCAGACCUCAAAUAUGUUCAGAAAACCUUGUUCAUGAUGACCUGCCCAGUACCAGUGUGAUCUUCUGUUUUGUGGACGAGGUUUGGUCCACUCUGCUGCGCUCGGUGCACAGUGUGCUCAACAGGUCUCCUCCACACCUGCUCAAAGAGAUCAUUCUGGUGGACGACUGCAGCACCAAAGACUACCUGAAGGAGCAGUUGGAUGUUUAUAUGUCUCAGUUCCCUAAAGUACGAAUCAUCCGUCUGAAAGAGAGACAAGGCCUAAUCAGAGCCAGAAUCGAAGGGGCCGACGCUGCUACAGGUGAAGUGUUGACAUUCCUGGACUCUCACGUUGAGUGUAACGUGGGGUGGCUGGAGCCACUGUUAGAAAGAGUUUACCUGGAUCGCAAGAAAGUGGUCUGUCCUGUUAUUGAGGUCAUCAGUGAUAAGGACAUGAGUUACAUGCUUGUUGAUAACUUCCAAAGAGGCGUUUUCAGAUGGCCGCUGGUGUUUGGCUGGAGUGCACUACCGGAGGAAUAUAUUAGAAAGAACCAGAUCAAGGAUUCAGACCCCAUCAGGUAA